AUGCUUCCCGAACCGACGUUGAGCUUCACGCUCCCCAGCCUCCACGACGACACCGUUCUGGACUGUCGUGUGUACCACUGCCACGCUUUGAGCCCUGCAGCAUCAAAUCGUUCGCCAUGGAAGCGACACGCCGCCGUCAUUGCCCAUCCAUAUGCGCCCUUGGGCGGAUCCUAUGAUGAUCCAAUUGUCGACAUCGUUGCUGCCACCCUGUUGCGACAGGGCUUUCUCGUGGGCACCUUCAAUUUCAGAGGCGCCUCGGGCUCGGCAGGACGGACCUCGUGGACAGCAAAGCCAGAACGCAGCGACUACAUGUCCUUUGUCGGCUUCAUGGUAUACUACAUGCACUUCCUCGAUCCAUUCAGCCCUUCUACUGUGCGGUUGCCGGCAGCGACUAGCACACCUUCACCUCUCGAUACACAGCCCAAACCCUCUCCAUCGCAGCAUCCGGUGCUUCUUCUUGCUGGCUACUCGUACGGGGCCAUGAUAACGACGCAGAUCCCACCGAUGGCACAAAUCCUCGCCCAGUUCAGGCUGCCUCCUGCUGGUUCCGCAGCCGCCGAUAUUCGCCUCCGCGCACAACAUCUGGCCGAGCAACAGAACUUGAUCUUGGCGAGCGCCCGAUCCGCGAGCACAAUGUCGCCGCGGAAAAGAUACUUUGGGAUGCGAGUCGGAGGCGACGAGGAUACGCAGCGGAAGAGCUACGAGGCUCGGCGGUCGGUCUCGGAAACACGGAGGUCAUUCUCCAUCGAUGCAGAAGACAAGAUCCGGCGGGGCGUCAACGAGUUGCUUGCAAAAACAAAGCGGCACCAUCACAAAGGCGUAGCCGUGACCCAGGAAAAGCUGGAGACCAUACCGUCGAACCAAGAGAUUUCGGAAGUGGUGGAAGAAGUGGCCAAUUUGACGCCGGUGCGGCCGGCAUACCUCCUCGUAUCUCCACCGCAAGGGGUCAUCACGAACUUGAUGACAAUGUCACUCCUCUCAGUAGUGCCCGGGCGAGGGUUGUUCUCCCGAGCGGGCAAGCCUCGAGAUCAAGGAGCGCCGGUUUUUACAAAUGACAACCGACAAAUGAGCGAGAGCAAACUGGUUGAAAACGAGACCCUAGCAUUGUUUGGUGACCGAGAUGGUUUCGUCCCCGUUGCCAAACUGCGGGCAUGGGUGGGGCGGCUCGAAAGCAUUGAGGGAUCACAGUUUCACGGCGAGGAGGUCCCCUCGGCAGGGCACUUUUGGACAGAAGGCAAAGUCGCCCAGGUUCUUCGGGAUAAGGUUUGCGACUUUGCGGCGAGGCUGUUACAAGAGGAUAGCGAAGAUGUGGCCAUUGAAGAAUCAAGAUAG